AGGCACCACUAUCUCUCUGGCCCUCAGCAUCGAUCUGCCCGUGGAAGAUUUGAUCGCCGCCCUCAGCAUCUUCCAGCAAAGCAACGAACGGCCUUCACCGGAGGAUUUGCCCAGCGUGUUUGAGGCUCACAAGGCGCAGGCGCAGGCGGGCGGCUACACAGGUCCUAUGAAGGUGUCCGAGCCAUUGAAGGCAGCUCCAGCCAUGGCACGGGAGUCUGGGCCACGCUCGAAUCUGGCGCCUCCUCCCGGGCUCACAGCCCAAUGGGAGACGAUUGCCCCUCCCUUGGCAUCGCUGGGUGCUGGUGGCCACAGGAGUAUGAUGACAAGGAUCAAGGUGACGAACUUGGUAAGGCGUUUGAAGUCUCAGGAGGUCCAGACAGUCUUUGAACGCUAUGUGGGGCCAAUCACCCACUGCAACCUGGUGGAAGAUGCCGCAUCCAUCACUUUUUUGAGUCCUGACCACGCGCAGGCCGCCAUCGACCGCUACGAUGGCGGCGUCAUGGAGGUCCGCACUGAUAAGUCUGCCCCAGGGGAGCCGUUAAUCUUGUACCCCAAAGACAGCACCUUCCGACGCACCUUGGAGGAUCGUUUGGGACCGCUGACCGAAUGCCACUUACGUCGCGGAGAGGGCUGGAUGACACUCUUCCGUGGAUCCAUCACCAAACAGCUGAAGAGGGAAGAGGCACUGAACCAGAUUGACUUCAAGGGCAGCCUCAUCAACAUUUCCUUCGAGGUUCCUGCCCAGCCGCCAAUUGCUCCUCAACCUGGGAUUGUUUUUGGACAGCCCAUGGUGCUAUGAGCCACGCUGCAGGGUGCAGGGACAGGGACGACUGGACACGAAAAAUGAGGGAC